AAAAUGCGUCCGCCGAUGGAACACACCUUAUGUUCACUGCUUACGCGCAGUACCGCCUGUAAACAAGCAUCUGCAUCGCACAAUUUCCGCUCUCCCCUCUCGAUUACACGUUUAAUUUGAUCACAGGUCAUUACAGCUCGGCUUGCUGCCCGUUUCGUCACGAUUUCUGACACUUCGAGGUUAGGCCUUGCCGACUAUCAGUACAUAGGCCGAUAAAUGGUGGCUCAAGGAUAAAGCUCGAGACAAGAUGACGAUGGCGAUGCGAAAGAGAAGCGGCUCUGGAUCCAAGCGACAGUAUAGGGAAAAAAUAUUACUUAUAUACGAGAGCUUCUUCAAGGGGGAUGAACCCACACUUGCCAAUCCUCAUUUUUGGGAUGAACUCUUUCUCCUCAAACCAAAGGUAGCACAAAUUGAGGCUGAAAUAUUACGUUUAGCUGUAGACCAGCUUAGUACAGUGAGAGAAAAUCUUAACGCUCUGGUAUGCCACUGCGUCGAUACUUUGGCACACGAACACCACAUCAGGGUGGUGUAUGCACUGCAAACAUUGUCUGCUGUAAUUCAAGCAAUGUAUAAAAAAGCUGACCAAGGUGACUGUGGAUUUAAUUUAAUUGAUAAUUUGGUCGGUUUUAACUCCGCUGAACAGAGAAUGACAACACUGAUGCGGCACUGCAAUAACUUCAUCACUGGCGAAUACCCAGAUAGCUUGAAGGCCUUAUGCCUUAAACUGUUACUGAUAAUAGUUACCGGCACGGAUAAUGUUAGCCAGAACACAUUGCUUGAAUACGUGAUGUUGAACAGUGUAUUUGAAUCACUAGUGCAGCUAUUAAGAGAUACGAAAACAAGGAGUCAGCAUGGUCACGACGCAGUGCUACUCUUGACACUUCUAGUGAACUACAGGAAACACGAAAGUGCCAAUCCCUAUAUAGUUAAACUUUCAAUUCUAGAUGACGAGGUAGCAUUGAAUGGCUAUGGUCAAGUGAUAUCAACAUCAUUGACUGAUUUUUGUCGACAAUUCGACCAACAGAGAGCAGACAUUCAAGCUUCUUGGUUGUCGUCAUUGACGAAUAUGGUUGGCAGCAUGUUUGUAGGUGAGGAAGAAGCAAAGACUCAACAAAUUCGUGCUAAUAACGCGCUACUCUUGGCACUUUAUGAAGCGACACAUUUGAACAGAUAUUUUGUUACUACAUUGGCACAUAUACAGAGCGACACAAGUGCACCACCUUCACCAAAUAAUACUUUAGGUCCAAAUGCAGUUGCACCCGGAGCGCAACCUCAAGAUAUAAUGGCACAGCCAGUCAAUCUCUUGGCAACGUUUUUUGAAUACUGUUCCAUCGUUACGCAAGGCGUUAAAACUCAGGGGAACAAAACUGAUGCUAUAACUGCAAACGUGAAGCUCUGCUUUCUCAUUCUGAGUUGCAUUGCUGAAGAUCAAUAUGCCAACAGCUUGAUACACGAUGCUAACUUGGCCUUCAAAGCUCAACUACACAGAUUACCCAUGAGACAUAGAAAACUCCAGGAAAAGGUGGCUCUAAUUCAACCUUUAGCUGCCACACUACUAGACUUGUUGGUUGAAUUUAUAAUGACACACAUGAUGAAGAAUUUUCCAAUCGAAUUGUAUCUUCAGUGUAUCGGAGUAUUGCAAAGAUUGCUUUGCUAUCAGAAAAGGUGCCGCGUAAGACUUGGUUAUCAAUGGAGAGAGCUAUGGGCUGCGUUGAUUCAUCUGUUGAAAUAUCUCACCACCGCCGAAAGUCAAUUAGCUAAGAAAAUGAACAUAUUUCAUCUGGCCAUCCAGAUCGUCAACAUUUUGAAUCUCUUCAUUACAUAUGGAGAUACCUUUCUAUCAUCGCCAAGCAGUUACGACGAAUUAUUUUACGAAAUAAUAAGAAUGCGGGCCGUUUUCACGAAUCUGAAUGCUAUGGCCCUUAGAUAUUCGACGAGUGAGAUUUGCGAGUUCAAAGAACAUGCUCUGAAGUUGACAAACUGCUUAGUCAACGUGCGGGAUAUUAUAAAUCACUUUACUCCGAAGAUUGAUACUUGGUUAGCAAGUCAAAGUCUCUCAACACCAACCGAAGAACAGAUUUUAGCUGUUGUUAUUCAGAAUUAUGACAGUCUUACGUUAAAACUACAAGAUAGUUUAGAUCAGUAUGAAAGAUACUCUGAAAAACCGAAACAUACUGCUUUCUUCACAAAUAUGGUAAGAGGAGUUGUGAUCGAUACAAGAGGAUCCAUAGACUUAAGCACAUUGGAUACUCAGGCCAUUCUACAAGAGUUUUCCAGCUUUUCGUAGCAAUAAAGUAUUGUAAGGAUUAAGUCAUUUUUAGUAAACCUUAAUCAUCUUUAACGUAUUAAUAUACAUAUACAUGUAUAUAAACUGCAUCGAAAAAUCUAUAGAUGAGUAUAAAAUGUACAAAAAAAAAUUGAUCGUGCCAUAAAUCGGGUUUUUUGUGUAGUGGGGGUUUCGAAAUUUUGGUUUCUUUGAUGUUUUUCAAUUAUUGUUAUUGUAUUUUAUAUAACGCAAGCAUAUUUUACGCGUGUUUCACGCUUGUGUCCGGUAUGUAAAGGAACUGUUUUAGCGAUGGUGGGAGUAAGUUACGAUUGCGCACACGCAGAAGACAAUUCAUUAUGCAUCGUGUAUCCAGGAUACAAAAUAGAUCAUUUCCACCCGCGAGUACGGAAUUUGUAGCACAAGCCGAGACCAGGGUUUUAAAAUCUGUACGAAUGGGGAAUCGUCUAUCCGCCUGGGAUACAUCCAAUAUUUUUCGUAACACUUGUGAGGAAGAGGAGAAUAAUAUAGGGAAAGAUUCACAAAUACUUCUUUACCAUCUUAAGCGAGAAACAUAAAGUAGAGGAGAAAAAGUUACUUUACGCCUGCCGUACAAGUACGAAAAGAGCACUUUUCAGAGCAGGUGUGAGAAAAAAGACCAUUUUAAACCCUGGGAGUAAAACGUGAUUUUUUCUGUACUCCGCGUAUGCGCAGUCCCAACCAAUCUGACAUUACACGACCUCAACCUCAAUUUCGUGCUUCGUGAAAAUCCACGUAACAUAGUCUUGUUACAUGUGAAAAGAAUAGUAUACAACAAAGAGGCAAUGAUCUCCUUCGGCUCUCGUAUUCGUUAUAUUCUUAUUGGGCUCGCCUGCGUGCUGAUCAACGACUCAGAUUACAAACUUACGCUCGGCCUGAAAACACCGAGUUUGCCACUUUGUUACGCAUUAUAGUAUACUCUUGAGUGAAGUAUGUACUGGAAAUAAUUUCAAUGUUCCGAAGUCUUGCAAAGCGGGACAGAUAUUAUUGCAUAAUUGGUAGAUAACAUUAAGUAAAACUUGGCAUCUCCUAGUUCUGAAUUCACAUCAAAGAAGUCAUACUCAUUAAUAAAAACAAAAAUAAUUUUUAAGACCUUCGCUUUCAUUCCAUAAAUUUGUCUAUCAUGCUUAGUUUCAAUAACGAAAGUUAUGUAUUUACAAAUUUGAUACAUCCUCACUUUUAUAAUAACCAUAAUCAACCGUUUAUUUUGAGUUUCUACUUAUCAAUAUGUCGGUUAUAAUUUCCUCAUUAAACAGAGCAAUUAUUUGUUUUACUGUUAAAGUAAAGGUGUAAUAUAUACAGCCAUUUUCUGAAUGAAUUUAAUUUAAACUAGCUAUAAGGUAAUAAUUAAUUAAAGAUCUAGGGGAAAUUCAAUGCCCUACUGAUGGAGUAUGAAAUGCGUAGGAAAAAAAAACUGAAAAUAAAAAUGACAUAUUUUUUAAAAGUGGACAUGACUUAAUCUUGAAUUUUCAGAAAAUUCUUAAUGCUCUAGAGCAGGUGAGUUACUUUGAAACAAAUUGAUAGCUAACGUAUGUUGAAAAUUGUAUUGAAACAAAAAAAAUGUUUUGCAUAUUACAAUGAUUUUCACAGA